UUCUUAUCUUUCCAUCAUAAGAUUUAGACGAUGUCCUCUGCAACAUCUGCGCAACAGUUCAUUACGAAGCUCAUGACUUCACCGCAGAAUAGGGCAUUAGUAAUGGAAUCUGACACGAUUCGAGGGCUUUUGGACUUCGCUCGCCAGCUUCAACCUGGCGACCCAAAGCACGUAGAAUACCGAGGAAAGAUUAGCCACAUAUUGUUCGUUCGUGUACAAACGCUCAUACCAGCAGCAACAAUGUUCGACCCCAUAUUCCUAUCGGCGGCAGUAGAGAUGACCACCAUCUGCAAGAACAAGCAGUGGGUUGGCAUACCCAAUUGGCAAAAUAUCAAAGAGGAUGACCCAAGAAUCGAAAACCACCCACUGGUCCACAAGACGUGGUACGUUCGUGCGGACCAGCAGAUGUUGCAGGCCCUCCCUGAGGGUCCCUUACUGCUUGCUGACCCACCCAUCGCAACUGCCGAUGAUGUUUCUCUCCUAUCUGGUAAUGCUUCUGUGGCUUCCAGCGCAGUCAGCGAACGCCAGCUGCGUGUCUUUGGCCCUAAGUCUCAGGCUCAUGCGAAAGAGAAUGUCGAGGAGGAGGGAGCACUCCCGACAGACCAGUCCAUGGAUCGGUCCAAUCACAGGGUGUCUAAGAAACGGGGGAUCAAUGAGUCUGAGCCGUCAACCCUGCUUACAGGAGGUGUGAAGGAUGGAUCGCACAAACGAAUCUGUGCAAACAACAAGUCCAAUACCGUUAACAAGAUGGGAGGAGGCGUGUCGAAGGGAGUGAUGUAUGUGCAACACCCGGAAGCGAAAACCAAAGCACCGACAGGUCUAUCCUCGAAGGCAGUUGGCAGUUCGGCCAGUGCCUUGACAACACGAUCUAGAACCCUCAGCGCCACUGAUCCCUGUCAUCGUUGUGCCAGGGAAGGCAAGAUAUGCAUGAGAGCCACAGGCAAGACCGGCCUCCUGUUAGUCUGCACUGCAUGCAAGCAACUGAAAAAAAAGUGUGAGUUGGAUAUCAAGCAACCAACCAGGCAGCGAGGAAAGUCGGAUGUGCGAGGUGGUCCUCAUUACCGAUUAUCGGAGAGGGUAAAGGCACGGAAAAUGACCACUCGUCGCAUGGGCACAUCAGUGGUGCAGCGAAGGCCGCAUAGAGUCGUCAUGAGCUAUGUGUCAGUGCCCCAGCUUGCGAUCUCAGCCCCCAAUCCCGCAACCGUGGAGCUGGGAAGUGUGAAGAAAAAGAUGAAUAACAUGGAGGGUGUGAUCAACCUCCUUCAUCGCGAGAUUCAGACGCUUCGCACGCUCAUCGAUGCCUCGAACUGACAAAACAAUGCCUAUGAUGUAUGAAUGGCUUUGAUUUUGCAUUAGGCUAUGAUACCCAAAUCAUUGCUGAUUUACCGUCUUCCCAACCUUUUCAAGUGUUAAGCUUGAGCGUAUACCACUUUUCACAACAGGAUUUGCCUGGCCCGAGUUAUGGAUGCACUCAGCGAUAUAGUCACCCUUUCUUUUCAGUUUCGUGUCCUAUGCCUCUUGAUUUUCUGUUCAGUUUUGUGCCUGCACCAAUUGCUAUGUUUUGCUUACCUCAAUUUUAAGUCAUGCAUUCGAGUUUGUCGAUGGAGGUUGAUGCAAUGAUUGAGCCGUUUGAUGUAAGAAAGUAGUUUGUUUUAUAAAUGAAAUUUGUCUCGAGCCUAGUAUGAC